AGGCGUGUCUGCUCGAUCCGGGGCACGGCCCCCAGCAAAAGAGGAGUCGGAUCGCGGAGUGUGCUGUCAUCAACGUUAGAAGAGUGGGAAAGGAGAGAAUGAGCAACGCCAUCGUCCAGACGACGUCGCGUGGCAGCAAUGGAUUGCUGUUCGUGGGCUGGAACCAAGAUCAAGGGUGCUUUGCGUGUGGUAUGGAGAAUGGAUUUCGUAUCUACAAUUGCGACCCCUUGAAGGAGAAAGAAAGACAAGUGAUUGUGUGGGACGACUUGAAGAAAGAGGCAGUGACUGAGCUAGAGUUUCCGUCUCCAGUCAAAUCUGUCAAACUGAGGAGGGACAGGAUUGUAGUGACUUUAGAGCGCAAGAUCUCCAUCUACAACUUCACCAGGAACCCACAGGAGCUGCACCAGAUUGAAACUGCCCACAACCCCAGAGGUCUCUGCUGUCUGUGUCCCAACUCCAACAACUCCCUACUGGCCUACCCGGGCCAGGGGACAGGGACUGUGGCCCUGGUGGACCUGGCUGACAUUCAGAAACCUGCAUCCGUCAUACCUGCCCACGAGGCCUCCAUUAGCUGCAUAGCUCUCAACCUCCACGGCACAAGACUUGCAACUGCCUCUGAAAAGGUCACACAUUAACAUUGUCAAAUAUGGGAGCACAACUGACUCAGUAGUUUCUGACACAUUUGAGCGGGAGGGGCAAGUUGCACUCUUUGCCCCCAUGCCCCUUCUCUCCAAAUGAUCAUGAUGGAAGAUAGGUCAUGCCACGCCUUUAUCCAGGGUAUUGUAAGCUUUAAUUUGCCUAAAUAGUUACGAUACUCAGCAGGCAUGUAUGGUACAGUGUUUGCAUGCCAAUAAACACUGCCACUGUGUGUAUUGUCACACGCAAUAGAGAGUGUCUGUGUUUUGUUCAAGUUAUAGUUCAGACAAACUGCAUUAUUACUGUUGGGUUAAAACACUAUUGACUGUGAAAGACACAAAGUCACACCUGUACAUACAUAACCUACUACAAGUAGUGUCUCACGUCAUAACGUAGAGGAUUCCAUUCGAAUACCACAUUCUUGUUCUUUUAUAUACUGGCACAUUUUCUGCCCCUCAUUAGUUAGUAAUUGUAUUGCUAUAGCAUUCUGCAGCUGAGCUUGGCUAUUAUUUAGCACGGUUGGCUCUUAGAGUAAUAAUACUCAGGUGGCUGCCAUAGCACUAGGGCCAUAGACCACGCACCCAGAGCAAUGGGCGGAACCGUUAACACGUGCAUGAACAUACACCAUAUGAACAUGAGGUGCCUGUCUCACCUCCCAGACACCUCAACUCACCCCUUCCACCAGCGACACCCUGCAGCUCCCCAGACGCAAUCUGAGACUGGGUCUGUUGUACGCUGGGACUAUCGCCGUAUAACCUAACCUUUCUUAGCUCCCAAACAUCCAAAAUAAAAUUUUUAACAAGGCCAAGCAAAGAACCAAAAUUAUCCUCCCACAGUUCACUACCCAGUAUAAAGGAUGCUUUCCUGAAACUAUCAAGCGACUGGAAAUGCUCAAACCCAUCAUCCCCAGAGUGUAAAUGCCUGAGUUACUGUGUAUGUUACUAUGAUGAUGGUUACGUAAGUGUUUGUAGCUCUAAUUACGUCGUAGAAUGUUUCACAACUGACUGUGAUACCCACAGGGGACCCUGAUCAGGGUGUAUGACACGGGUAGCCUCCAGCUACGGCUGGAGCUCAGGAGAGGAGCUGCCAAUGCUAACAUCUACUGCAUCAAUUUCAACCAGGACUCCUCCCUGCUGUGCGUGUCUAGUGACCACGGGACAGUCCACGUGUUUGCCAGUGAAGACCCAGGAAGGAACAAGCAAUCCAGUCUGGUCAAAGCUCGAGGCUUGCUGCCCAAGUAUUUCAGCUCCCGAUGGAGCUUCACAAAGUUCCAGGUCCCCAACAAGAUGCACUGCAUCUGUGCCUUUGGUAACGACAAGAAGUCUGUCGUAGGUGAGUUGUUGAGAAGGUCACCGCUUUUGAAGGUGAUGUCAUGAGAAAGAUUAGUAGGGUAACUAAUAAUCGUAUCCUGUAAUCAUGGUGCAUAGACAUAGGAGAAGCUUCUUUCCAAAUCAGGAUGAAUGAUACUCAAUUGUGGUUUCCCCCCCAAAAAAACCCUUUGGUGAUAGUGUCUUAUCUCCUUCCCUGCCUGCCUAUAUACCCCACAUCCUAUAAUCAUCAUUUUGUACUGAUCUUCCUCUAUACAUUUUACACACACAUACACUCACAGCUAUCGGUGCAGAUGGGAGCUACUACAAGUUCUCGUUCACCAUCCAGGGAGAGUGUCAUCGCGACUCGGUCUGCAAGUUUCUCCAGAUGACAGAUGACUGAGGCUCACUCCGUACUCACACACUCUUACUGCCUCCUCCCUCGUUUCAUGAUCACAUCAUGAAUGUCAUGUCUUUAGUCUGAUGACCACUUUACUGUAUUUGCACUUCGUAUUUUACAGCACUCUAUAUAUGAAAUUUUAUGUGUAUUGUUUCUGAUUUUGGUGCAAUUAUAAUUUUUUGAUG